UUUGGAGGGGGCCGGGAGCGGGGCCGUUAACGGCGGCGGCGCGGGGAGCGGCGGCGCCCCCUGGCGCCGAGGCGUGUCCCGGAGGAAGCAGGCUGCGGACAUGCGCGGACCGGGGGCGGCUCGAGCGGCCGCCGCCGCCGCGCGGGGCUCACCCCGUGUCGGCCGUUGGCCCCGCGACGCGGCCUGGGCCGCCGCCCGCGCUCCGGCGUGAGCCCGCGGUCCCCGGCAAAGACGGAGCGUAGCGUAGCGUCCCUCUGCGCCGCCGCCCUGCGGGAUGGAGGGGGAAAGAAUGCUGUCGGACUGCCUUAAAGUGGAGAACUUUACCAGUUCCGCUGAAGAAAGAGUUGAAGGUGAUCUGAAGACAUUUUGGACACAAAUGGAAGGUAGAAGAGUGGACUUCAUAUUUGAGCAGGUGCAAAAUGUGCUGCUGUUACUGAAGCAAAAGAUCAAGAAUGGAACUGCUACAAACCAAGAUUGCUGGCAGGCUUGGGCCCUGGUGAAUGAAGCUAAUCUAAGUGAUCUCUUAACUUUGACAAAAGUAAGUGAUGUCUUUGGACACAAUAUACAGGAAAACAAACCCAAAUUGCAGGCCGUUCUUACGGAUAACAAUGCUGCAAACUCAGUAGAAGGCUGUCACAGCAAGAAGGAGCAGAAGGAAAAAUCAGGUUCAGAAGCGUCUAGUGAAAUACAGAAGUUACCUCUAAAUCUGCAAUACCGGAAUCACAAGUGCUCUAGUGCAUGUCUUGCUAACAGACCACUGAGCUCCUACAAGGGUGAAAAUCCUCUUAAGAUACCGAUUUUGUUUCACUUUGAAAGACGACAUGCAAAAGCUGAUUGCCUUUCAAAAUCACUGGAUGUGAAUUAUAAAGCUCCCUGUGGAAGGAGUCUGAGAAGCUUUCAAGAUGUGCAGAGUUAUCUGUUUGAAACAGAGUGCAAUUUCUUAUUUGUUGAUCACUUCUCUUUCAACACAUACGUACUGUUGGGCAGGAACACUGUAAAUCCUGAACCCCUUGUGUUUGACUUUGAUAUCAGCAGUGGAGCUGAGUCUGUCCCUGUUUCCUUCUGUAAUGAUAUUGACCGUGCAAGAUUACCCUAUUUUAAAUAUCGGAGGGCAUCAUGGCCACGUGGAUAUUAUCUCAACAAUUUUUCCAGCAUGUUUGUUGACUCGUGUGACUGUACAGAUGGCUGCAUUGAUAGGUCAAAAUGUGCGUGCCUGCAGCUAACUGCAAGAGGCUGUAGUAAAAUUUCUCUGUCUCCAAGUGCUAAAAUGUCUCGUGGAUACAGUUACAAAAGACUGGAGGGACCGGUUCCUAGUGGAAUUUAUGAGUGUAGUGUGUCAUGCAGAUGUGACAAGAUGAUGUGUCAGAACAGAGUUGUACAGCAUGGCAUCCAAGUUCGGUUGCAAGUGUUCAACACAGAAAAGAAGGGCUGGGGUGUCCGCUGCCUGGAUGAUAUCGACAAGGGGACAUUUGUUUGUACUUACUCUGGCAGAUUAAUGAGUAGAGCUGAAGUUCAAGUGUUGGGAGGUGCUGGUCAAGAGCUGACGGAGCAAGGUGCUGUGAAUGACAGAGGGCACAGCGUUUUUUCAAAAAAAAGAAAACUCGACACUGGUUGUUCGGACUCUGAGGUUGAACUAGUGCCGACUCUCAAAGAUCAUGUUUUUGAGAAGCAGGAGUCUUUGUCUCAGACCAUGAAUGACGAAAAUAAAUCAACUGUGGUUUGUCCAAGGAAUUUGAAUACUGCAGCUAUGAGAAGGCCUGGAACUAGAAUAGCUGUUCUUCACAAUCACCAUCUAAAAAUGGAAGUUGAUACACUGGUGCACAGUGCCAGCUCAGAUGAAGAUAAUAGUUCUCAGCCUCAUCAGUCAAGCAAAACAAAACUAACUAUUGGAACAAAGAAAGGAAAAGAAACUUUUAUAUAUCCAGUGACAGAGUCUGAUCAGCAGCAGAAGGAAGAACAUCAGAUGCAAAUUGGACAGACUGAGCUUACUGAUAAGGACAGUGCAGAACGGAAAAGAAAGCGUCUGUCUCGGCAAGGUGCUGCCUAUGGCCUGUUGGCUGUGCUGGAUGAUGCUUGUGCUGUGAGACAGUCAGAAAAUGUGCCACAAAAAGCUGACUGCAAAGAGGAAAAAAACAGGCAGUCAAAACAAAAGGCGUUUUGUGAGGAGGCUGAUGGUGACAGGGCACUUCUGAAGAAUGCUAACGAUGAAAAUACUUAUAUACUGGAUGCCACAAAAGAAGGAAAUGUGGGUCGUUUUCUUAAUCACAGCUGUUGCCCAAAUCUCUUUGCACAGAGUGUGUUCGUAGAGACUCACAACAGGAGUUUUCCAUGGGUGGCAUUCUUCACAAACAGGCAUGUGAAAGCUGGAACCGAACUCACGUGGGAUUACGGUUAUGAACCUGGAAGCAUGCCAGAGACGGAGAUUUCGUGUCAGUGUGGAUUUCAGAAGUGCAGGAAAAAAACCUUAUUGCUGGACUAUCAAAGAACUAAGCUUCAGAGGAUGCAGGUGAAGCAGCAGUUAGAGUGUGAGGUGCUAGUGAGCUCUGCUUUGCACUGUUCAUCUUGCUUGGGGUAUGUUAGUUGCAUCAGUUGCUUUGUGUUUUGUCCCAGUCUUCUUGCUCCAGGUGUUUUCCAGAUAAUGGCGAAGAUGGUGAGAAGAACAUGUGCGUUUUGUUCAGAAGGGGAGGCUUGCUCUAUAAUGUACAUUGCCACAGAGCAAAAUAUUGCAGCUCAUCAGAAUUGUUUGUUAUUUUCUUCAGGAUUUGUAGAAUCUGAAGAGUAUAACUCAGAUAACCUGGAUAUAAGGUUUGAUGUGGCGUCAGUGUUGAAUGAACUCAGAAGAGGAAAGCGGCUGGUGUGCAACUUUUGUCGCAAGAAAGGAGCCACUGUGGGAUGCGAGGAAAGAGCCUGUCGCAGAAGUUAUCACUACUUCUGUGCGCUCUGCGAUGAUGCAGCGAUAGAAACAGAUGAAGUGAAUGGAGUUUACCGAGUGUUCUGCCCAAAACAUCAUCCAGGCAGUAGGACCAAUCACUAUGAUGCAGCUAAUAAGAGGAAAAGACGUGCAAUGAAAUCAUCUGCCAUCAGGGAACAAGUGAGCACAGAAGAGACGGAAGAAGAAAACAGUUUACGAAUACUAAAAAGAAGAAACAACAGGCAAAAAGUACGAAUAGACUUUCUUAGGAAGUGCAAACAGGCGGGGCUUUUGGAUGAGAUAUUUGAAGAGAUGCUGGACACACUUCACCUGGCCCAGGAAAAACUGAUGGAUGACAACACUUCGGAAACGGAGUAUGAAGAAACCGUAAUGUCGCUCUUUGACUGUGGACUGUUUGAAAACAUACUGACAAACAUUCAUUCAGGGACAGAGGAAAAAAUCCAGGAACUUCUAGAAACCAGGAAAAGACUGGAUAACCAGAUUGAGCUACUACAAGACAUAAAAGAAGUUGCCCUUCCCACCCAAGAAAACACUGCUAGUACAUCCAGUACAGUGUCUGAAUAACCCCAAAGUCUUUCUGUAAUGGCAUCCAUAUUCAGAAUUUCCUGAGGAUAGAAACCCUAGAGCACGUCUGGUGAGUGUGUAAGUGAUUUUUUUUUUCCAAGGAUAGGGACACAAACAAAAAUCAGGUGUUUUACUCAUUUUUAUACCUCACUGUUGCAAUAAUUUUAAGUUGUUUUAUUUUUUUACUAUGGAUCAAUGAGUGUUAGACACUUAAUUUAGCUUUUUUAAAGCUGAACAAAACCCUUUAACCAAGACUUUUUUUUCUCCAAGACAAGGAAGGAAGAGCUACUACAGAACUUUUUUUUAAAGUCACUUUAGUUGAGGCAGCCCUCUUCAGAAUGUGUGAGGGAGCUGCUCCCUGUCUAUUUCUAGACAGCAUUGUUUUAAGGAUCACAUUGCUGCUUUGGCUUUCCAAAGAAGAUAAAUUAGCAAAACUUGCACUCAAAGAAACCUUCUGAAUUAUGAA